AUGAUUCUGCAAUUAAUCAUGUUUGCUCUGGUGACAGACUUCAACAGUAGCCUGCCCAACACAGCCCACUGCGAUGACAUCACGCUGCUGAACAUGGUGGCCCCAGCCUUCGUCAUCUGGGCCCGAUGUACCAACAUGACCAUCAUCGAGCACAAGGAGUGUGAGGACGCCUACCCUGGGGACAUCACAGACACCAUGGGAUGUACCAGCGUUCGAGAAGAGGGCAAGGACUCCUGCCAGGGUGAUUCUGGGGGCCCACUGGUCUAUAAUGGGUCUCUUCAAGGCAUCACCUCCUGGGGCCAGGAUCCAUGUGCUGUCAGCAGAAAGCCCAGGGUUUACACAAAGGUCUGCAGUAUGUGGUCCGGAUCCAGAAGACUACAGAGAACAAUUAGCCAGGACCAGCUCGUCACGGCCCAAUCCCCUGCUCCCUACUUGGUGCCGUGGUACCUGUUCAUUCUGUUAAUAAUGAAGCCUGAGCCAGGACCCCUCUGUAUACUUUUCUGGGGGCCUUCUUGA